AUGGCGCUGACGAGGAUACUAACCACCAUUGCUACGUGUUUCCUGGUGUUUGGCACUGCCCUUGCUGCCGCCGAUGUAAGCAACUCGUCGCAGCAUAUUGUGCCCAAUGCAGCCGGGGACACGGCCAUUGACGCUGACAAAGUCCGGAAAUACAAGUCUCUUCUUGAUGAAUUGAGCUGGAGAAACAAGUUCGACGAGGGUCUCAAAUGGCACGACAUAAUCGACAGUUACACCCCAGCCAAUGCGGACUGCACGCCGAGAUGUCUGACUUGCGCACCCGGCUGUAAUCCAAGAUGCUGUGCACUGGACAGUUCACAACAAGCGACCAGCGACAGUGACAAGGCCAAGAAGGACUCAUCUCCUGACGCCUUCAUCUCUCGCCCGAACUUUCCCGGCAUCGUGCGCCCUCUUCCUCCCAUCCCAGCACUCGGCUGUCCCUGCCACUGCGAGUCGUGGUGCCCCCGAAACGUUCAAAUCAUCUGCUGCUUCACGCCAGCUUCUUCCAUGCCAGACGAACCAGCAGCAGCCGCGUCGGCGCGGCAGCAAACUGGCGUCGUCGAUGAUGAGGAUGCACAGAAGACUCUCCUCGACCAGAUCGUCCCUGGCACUCAGGAGCACUUCUGGGGCCACCCGAACCUCCCACUAGCCUGCCCGUGCUUCUGUGCGCCAACCUGCCCGGCAUACAUCCAGGCGAUCUGCUGCACGACGCCAGGCUCCGACUCGCGCACCAUUCGCGAGCCUCCGCAAAAACCGCACGACGUCCUCGCCAUGGUCACCGAAACCGUCUCGGGAAACCCGGUCUCCGUACUCGCGGCAAUCAACCUGACAGUCUUUGACAGCUUCAUCACCAUGAACCUCGUGCGCGGGCUCCACCGGGCCAGCGAGAUCGCGUACAACCACGAAACCAAGACGUUCGAGGUCACGCUCGCCGUCGCGGUCCGAGGGCUGCCCAACGGGGCGAAGCAGGCGCUGGCCCACACGUUCGUGGUCGUGGACGGAUCGCGCCUCUUGGAGGAAGAGCAGAUCUUGCUCGGCGCGGGCUUCAUGAACAGAAUCGGCGUCUCCCACGCCGGUGGAGCGUUGAGUGUGAACAAGGACUUUUUGGCGCCGUUGGAAGAAGGCCUCCCUGUCCUCACGGGCGUCUGA